AUGAAUGGAUGGUCGUCAAGGAAAUAUGAUCAUCAAUUGUAUAAAUAGGACGACUGUCGUCUGAUAAAGUAUUUUGCAAGGGAAAAGGCAAAGAAACAUAAAAUGGAUUUCAGAAGCAAAAACAUGAUUUUGUCCGGCUUUAUCUUGUUCCUUUCAGCUCUCGGCUGGUCGGCAGCAAUACAGUGCUAUGAGUGCGAUUCUGAUAGAUUUGACGCCUGCGUUGAUCCGUUUGUUAAAAGAACUUCCUCAAUCGCCGCUUACUUUGAAUCAGGAUCAACCGACUGCAAGGCAUGCAUUAAAAAGAUAAGGCAAAGACCAGAAGACACAGAUGGAGAUUUAUAUUUUGAAAGGUACUGCUCCGAUACAUAUCAUUCCGGGUGUGAGAAAGACAAUGAUGGCGAUGUGACUUGUUCAUGUGUCUCCGAUCUGUGUAACGGAGGAUCUAGCUCUCGACUCAAAAUCACUACUGUUGCCUUUAUAAGUUCCCUCCCUUUGAUUAUCUACAAAUUUGGCUUGUAAAGUGGAUUUUCUCUUUCAUCUCUUCUUUUGUGUUUUGUAAAUUAUAUCAUUUUCAAAUUUAACGAUGUUGCCUGUAAUAUGUUUUCCAUUAUUUUAUUGCUUGUUGUUGAAUCAAUUGAUAUUACAUGUACCUCUUUUUGAUGCCUUCAUUUAUAACGUUCAAAAGUACACGUGUUCGUGGUAAAAUAGCUUUCUCAUAUUGUACUCAUAGUGUAAAGGUAGCAAGUUGUAGUUGCCAUAAUGAUUACAGCUUGUAUGUUACGGUCUAAGUAAACUGUAGCUCCGGAACUGGAAGGCUAUCAAAGGAGUUUUGUCUGCUAUCGAAUAUGCACGUGCAAACCCGCGUAUACGUUUAAGUGUUAGUAACAUCAUACUUUAUAAACAGUGCGAUAAAUUGCAUGUUUGCUGUGAGAUUCAUAACACUUUAACAAGUGUCUGCAUAUCGAAGGCUUCACUAGCCCCUAGACUAUGGUAAUUUUUGUUUUCCAUUUUAAGUUUGUCCAGUCUCGAAAUCUCUAAAACAGACUGUCUCUAUAACCUGUAACAAAGGAAAAUAAAAAUAAUAAAAAGAUGUUACGAUUGUAAUGUAAUACCUAGGUUUAUAAUUUUAUAUUUUGGUAUUUCUUUCGGAUAAUUAAGAUUUUAACUGUACAUUUCAAAAGUCAGACGAAACUUGUAAACUUUGCAGUAGCUUCGGGUUAAAAAACAUUCGUUAAUAUCCAAGUUUAAUUACCAGGUAGACAGGAUGUGAAAUAAUGUGUCUGUUGUGUUUUCCUGUAUAACACUUUAUAAACUCAAUAUACUCUGUGAUCAGGGAGAGGCUGCCCAAGUGGCGGGCUAAGGGACAUGUCGUCCCGCUCUCAUGAGCUGAAUGUUAAAAGCUAGUCUGAAGUACAUUGAUAAUUAAGAACUUGUGUUAAUAGAGUUGUUAACAGAACUGUUUUAAAAAUCUAUCAGAAAUUGAUUAUAUUUGUGAAAUUAGACUGAACAUUUAUAACUAACUGUGCAUUGCUCUUCGUAGUAAAUAAAAAUGUUAGAACUGUC